CAAUCCAACAUUAGAAUGUGUGUGGUGUAUAACCUUUGCUAAUGUCGUACAUUUUAUUCGUAAUAGCCAGUCAUCUGCCAAAAUGGCGACCAAGGAAGCGGAUUUGACGUUGGAAAAAUGUUUAAAUGAUGCCACAAAUCCUACAAACAAAACCGAGGACUGGGAGGCUAUUACACGGUUCACUGACCAGGUUAACAAUGAGUUGGAAGGACCCCAGUACGCUGUACGUCUCCUGGCCCACAAGAUACAGUCACCCAUCGAGAGGGAGUCACUGUUUGCACUCACGACACUGGAGAUGUGCAUAAAAAACUGUGGCAGGCGAUUCCACAAUGAGAUUGGGAAGUUUAGAUUCCUUAAUGAAGUCAUUAAAGUUAUAUCACCAAAGUAUCUGGGAGGCAAGACAACAGAUCGCGUGAAGAAACGGUGCAUUGAGCUGAUGUAUUGCUGGCACAAGGGUCUCCCACAUGAGCCCAAGAUAGCGGAGGCGUAUGUGAUGUUGAAGCAGCAGGGAGUUGUGAAGGAGGACCCCAAGUACAUGGAUGAAGCAUCCCUACAUCUGCCCAGACCCCCUCCUGAGGAAGAACGGAGAGCUCCAUUUGAAGACGAUGAAAAAUCCAAGUUGCUGGCUAAACUGCUAAAGAGCAAGAACCCUGACGACCUACAGGCAGCUAACAGGCUUAUCAAGAACAUGGUGAAACAGGAUGCUGAGAAGAUGGAGAAAGUCUCUAGAAGAAUCAAUGAGCUCGAGACGAUACAUACGAAUGUGAAGCUACUCAGUGAGAUGGUGUCAAGUUACGACCCACAGACAUCAUCCACUGAUGACAGGGACAUGAUGAAGGAGCUGUACGAAUCGCUAGAAAAACUACGACCAAAGCUAUUCCGAUUGGCCAGUGAAACUGACGAGAGCGAUUCAGAUGCACUGAAUACGAUACUGAAGGCUAAUGAUGAAGUGUCAAUGAUCAUGGCAGACUACAAGAAGACGGUGGAAGGGAUCACACUCAACGGCAGUGCUGAGUCUCAGAGAGCGGAGCUUAUAAAAGUCACCGGCACAAGUGGAGGUAACUCCCUUGUUGACUUGGCGUUUGAGGCGCCCCCAGCUUACUCCCAGACAGACAUACUCCAGCACCCCCACCCUGCAGGGCCUGACGAUGAGAUGCUUUACCUAGGACUGCGUUCCCCCAGCUCGACACAGAUAACGUCAUCCACAGAUAACAGUCUUUUGAACGACCUUGACUCCAUAUUUGCCUCGGCAUCGGCCGGACCUCAACCACAACAACAACAGUUCAUGUACAGCCAUCCAAUGGCUGGUGUGGGUCACCACCCCCCUUCCAUGGCAAGCCCCUUUGCCCCGGGGGUCAGUCACUUUGCCCCGAGGGUUAAUCUGGGGUUUAGCUAUCCCCUCAACCCCACCCAGUCUACUGCCCUGCAGGUGCAGACAGGCCUGAUAGCGAACCAUGCUCCUGUUGCCAUGGCUGCAGGGUCGUCAGGGUCUGUGUUUGACACGAAGGGUUGCAUGUCCCCUACUCAGACCGGAGGUCUGGCUGACCUUGACACACUCGGGAAGACACUUCUACAGCAGAACCUUGGAGAUCAAACCCCUCAACACUCUUUUGAAGUGUCAAAGCCAGCCACUAAGGUCACCUUGAAUCAGCUAGCAACCAGUCAACCAAACACAAAAGGUUUAGUCCCAAAUCCUGCACCGCCCGUACAACCAACACAACCAUUGGUUGACCUGGUAAUCCAUCCUCCACCAGUGUCCACGGUUACAGGAUCCACCACAUCAACAACCAUGGGGUCAACCAAUCCCAAAUCUACGGAAGUUCAACCAUUAACAGAUGUGUUUGUGCCAUUAGAAAGUAUUGUCCCAGGCACUUCAUCGCCAGUGUCAGCGUAUGACAAGAACGGUGUGAAGGUUCUCAUCCUGGUGACCAAGAACAAGCCCCGUGAGGAUGUCACCGUGAUGGUGGUGUCUGUUAUCAGCACAAAUACCUCCUCCAUCAAGGCCUUUGUGUUUCAGGCAGCCGUGCCUAAGGCUAUGAAAGUGAAGCUUCAACCCCCUUCUACAACAGAUUUGCCAGCGUUCAACCCGAUCCUUCCACCAUCAGCAAUCACUCAAGUCCUGCUACUAGCUAACCCUCAAAAGGAAAAGAUCAGAUUAAAAUUCAAGAUAUCAUACACAUUGAACGAGCAGACCCAUUCCGAUGUUGGUGACAUAGAUGGUUUUGAAGUAUAACAGUUAAAAACACAGUGAAACUCACUAUAUCACAUUCAGAACAAAUAACUGUGCUUAAAGAUUGUGCCAGAGCUAGACUGUAGCAUGAAUACUCUGUGAUAAACCUCUGGAGAGAAUGCAGUGGCAGUGAAUUGUAGGACGUUAUUGUAGGAUGCAAACCCCAGCUAGGGUGUAUAAUUGUAGGACGUUAUUGUAGGAUGCAAACCCCAGCUAGGGUGUAUAAGGGCUAUACUGGAACCACUAUGGAUUUAACAACAUUCGAAUUCAAUUUUUGCAUAUGUUUUCUCAUACGAUGUUAACAGUUACAAAAUGUAUGCACAUUUACACAAAUGUUUAUCAACUGAGAAUUGUACAACUUUCUACAUAUGACAUCAUGCAACUUUGUGGGAAAUUUGUCAUAACUGUGUCAAGUUGUUUUUCUGGACAUAUUUAGCAUUCAGCAGGAUGGGCCCAAUUUUGCUUUCAAAAUCAUUCACUUUUUACCCAAAAGUUGACUAAAUUCCUCAAAUGUGUGUGCCGAUGGCAGUAUUUUUAUGCUCUCAUGAAGUUGGAAACAUAUAUUGGCUGCUUUGUCCGUCGGUUUAAAUUCUUUUUUUGAUGUAAUUGUACUUUGCAUUGAGGUGGGGUUUUUCAUGGCAGGGAAGAGAGAAACAAAUAUCUUCAACAAACCUCGUACUGGAUGUCCCUCUGUCUGUCCUGCACUUCUUUUCUACACAAGAUCAUACACACUUAUUGUCAGUUUUAUGAAAUUUAUCUCUGGUAUUCUCAUAAGGUAGGCAUGUACAAUUUAUUCGGUCCGUCAGCUCAAAUCUGCUCUUCAUAUUAAUAGCAUUAUGUUAUUUCCCCAUCCUUUUACAAAGCUCGAGUAUUGGGGAGCAUUCACUAGUUUUUUUGAGGGGGGUGGGGUGGGGUGGGGGGGUAAUUGCAUUGAAAAUAAAUUACUUUUUGCCUCAUGAAUUGCUUCAAUCAUAUUUUCAUGUAACCUUCCAUAUUCUGUAAUUUUGAUAUGCAGCAUGCAAAACAUGUUGAGUAUCAUGUGUCAUAAACAAUAUCAUUAGUGGGUAGGACUGGUCAGCAGGUUAUGCAUUUAUUUAAUUUCAAAAUCAAUAAAAAGUAUGUUUAAGUAUGUUCAUUUUUAACCAGGUUUUCCGAAGGAAAAAACUGGUUAUUAGAUUGGCGAAUGUCGGCGGGCGUGCGGAACAAGCUUGUCCGGGCCAUAACUUUGUUGUUCAUUGUGAGAUUUUAAAAUCAUUUGGCACAUUUGUUCACCAUCAUUAGACGGUGUGUCGCACAAAAGAAUUACGUCGAUAUCUCCAAGAUCAAGGUCACACUUUGAGUUCAAAGGUCAAAAAUGGCCAUAAAUGAGCUUUUCCGGGCCAUAACUAUGUCAUUCAUUGUGAGAUUUUAAAAUCAUUUGGCACAUUUGUUCACCAUUAUUGGACAGUGUGUUGCACAAAAGAAUUACGUCAAUAUCUCCAAGGUCAAGGUCCCCACAACUAAAAAUAUAUUUAUUUUGAAAUAAAGGAGGGUUAAUUAUAAACAAUCAGUUCAGUUUGAGUUGUCUCCCUUUAUCAGACUUUUUUUUUCUAAUUGAAAACCUGGUUUUGUGACAAUUUUGUCCCUUGUUUGAUGUUGGUUUGAAGCUUAUUUUAGUGCUUCAUGGCUACAUGCUUCUUUUACAUAAGAAUAACCAAUGCUUUUCUACAAUUAACUUUGCAUAUAUGAUAAAUUGACAUAUGCUUUAAUCUUUGGCAUAAACACACGUUUUUUUAACUAUUCAUUAUUAAAAGAUAUAUGCUUUAGUAUCCAUUUUUCUGUGUUGAUAAUUUUUAUUCAAUUUUUACAAUUGUUUCUUUCUGUCCGUUUGUAGAGAAAACCUUGUCCGCAGGCCUUCUCUUACCCUUUUCAACAUACAGAAUUCAAACUUGCAUGAUUGUUCUUCAGGGUAUCAAGUUGAGCAUGUGAAACAUAUGUUAAACAUUACAAAAGUUAUGCACCUUUUUAACUUAGACAUUCUACAUGCUAAAUGUUAUGACAUGUGGGUUUUUUUUGCAAAGGGGGGGGGGGGGUGGGGCAAGUUUGUAACAAAUUCUAGUUACACUUUGGCAUUUCAAUUGUUUAUAAAUGUGCUUGCAGCCAAAGUCCACUGUUAAGUACAAUUUGAUAUGCGUUUAAUUUGUGUUUUUAAAAUUAAUGCUCACAAUAAUUUUAAUGUCAGAUUAGUAAAAACAAGCUUGGAAUCUUGGAAUCUGGACACAUUUUUAUCAUACAUUACAAACAUGAAAUAUUAAAGUUAUUUAAUCACACAAUUUAUCGUAUUUGGAAUCUCAAGAAACAUGCCCAGUGUUGUUAAUGAUUCCCAUUUGAAUGCAAAACAUUAAUGAUAAUCAGUUUUUAUUGUUUCAGAUUUAAGUGUUUUAUAAUCGAGAACAUACAUUGAGGAUGUAUUCUUAUCAAAUCAGCUUUGUAAAUAAAGAUCGAGUCAUAACCAUGUUUGAUGCGUAAAAUUGAUUGGAUAGAAUGUGUUUUGAAUACAUUGCUUGUUUGUCUUGUAAAAAGCUGAGUGUUUUGUUUUGAAACUUGAAUAUCAGGAGAGCAAAAUUAGCCCUGUAAGAAAAACAAAUAUGUAUAAUGUUCAAACAUUUUUAGGUGUUUGUUUAUAAUUUUAUUAAAGCAUUAAGAGAUCUGUUGAUAAAACAACAGUAAUUUAUUUAUUAAGGUCAUACAUUGUUUAUGUUUGGUUUAUACAAGUUCAUACUAGAGUAGAUUAAAUAAAGUUUUAAAUGUUGAGGAAAGUGCAAUAAAAUAACAACUGUCAAAACAAGUGCUCAUUAUAUUAGCUGCUCAGAAUGUGAACCUUCAUAAAAUAAGUCUGUUCUGGAAACAUCAGUAUUGACAUUUAUUAAGCUUUGUAAAUGAUAAUUUCAUGAAUUAGCAUUUUGAUAAAAUUGAUAGGGAUUGGGUAAAUAUUUUUGAAAAGUAGAAUUUUUAUAUAAAUGCGCAUUUUUUUCUUAGCUGCUAUGUAACGUUUUAGCAAUUUACUUAAUAAAGCAUGUACGGUUUGAUUGGAGUCAGAGCCCUAGAUAAGAUUUUAUACUAAAGUGUAUUUUACCCAUUAAAUGUCUUGUCAAAUGGUAUUUUACUCAUUUACCAACAGCUUUAAAUAGUAAUUGAGAUUUGCAAAUAGUAUUUUUUGAGCUUCAUAUUAAAGUGGGCAUUACAAUGAAUUCAGAAGUACGUACAUUAAUUAAUAAAUAUUAUACAAUACUAGCAGUGGUCAAAUAAAUACAUUUUGGACUAUUGUUUUGAGAUUAAAGAAACGUCAAAAUUUCCUUUUGGCAGGAUUCAAUGUUUAUCUUUAUCCCCACUAUUAUUUUCUUAUGCAGACUAUUACGUCCUACUUAUCCCAAUUUCUAAAUGACAUUCAUGAAAUGUAAAAGGGUAUUUACUAAAAUCCAAAUCUUAUCUGGAGCUCUGAUUUGAAAAAAUCAGGAUAUGUACUCAUCAAAUGUGGAAGUUUAGAAAUUUUGGUUAACAUAUUAUAUGUAUGUAUUUUAUAUAUGUUUGUAGCUGUCAUUUUUGUUUCAAUGAUUGUGUUAGAUGAUUGUUUGAUUGGGAUAUUUCUUUCUUGGAAUUCCUUAGUUUCAAAUGGGGUCGGAAGUUUGUAAAAAAAUUGCAGUUAAUUUUUAUAUUAUAAAAAUGCAAUUACAUAAAAUUGUUAUGUUUGUAGAUGUAUGUAAUUAUCAUAAGAACAAAUAUUUAUUCUGAAUUAUAUCAUCUGUUUUCUUU